AUGAGAGAGACUAGAUUAGAUAUUUCCCUCAUCAGCCAAUUCUCUUCUUUUGGUUCUCACUCAAAAAACAAGAUAAAGGCAAAAAGAUGGCGACGCUGCUCUGUCAUCAUCAUCAUCGUCAAUUGUGCUUCCUCCCUCCCCCCUCCUCUCCAGCCUCCAUCCCCUUCGCCCGCUCCCGAACCCAAAACCACCCCCAGCAAUCUCCCUCCCAAAACCCAGCAAACCCAUUCAAAGCCCAUCUCCCUCCGUUCCCGCCUCAGCCGCCUCUGCAAGGCCGGCGACCUCCACCUCGCCCGCCGCCUCCUCGACUCCCUCCCUCACCCGAUCCCAACCCUCUCUACAACACCUCCUCAUCGCCUACCUCUUCCACUCCCUCCCCUCCGAACCCUCACCCUCUACUCCCUCAUGAACCACUCCUCCGUCCCCUCCGACCACUACUCCUACUCCUCGGCCCUCACCGCCGCCGCCAGCGCCGCCCUCCUCCUCGUCGGCCGGUCCAUCCACUGCCACGUCAUCCGCCACUCCCCGGCCCCGCCCAGGAACCCGGUCCUCAGCAACUCAAUCCUCAGCAUGUACGCCUCCUCGGGGAGCUUCGACGUCGCCCGCAAGGUGUUCGAUACAAUGCCCAGGAGAAAUGCCGUGGCUUGGAACAUUAUGAUCGCGUCUUUUGUGCGAAGAAAUCAGCCGGAUAAGGCUUUGGAGUUGUUUAGACGGAUGGUUAAGGCCGGGACAAGGCCGACGACUGUUAGUUUCGUUAAUGUGUUUCCGGCGAUAGCCCUUUUGAAGGACGAGGGACUUGCCCGUUUGGUUUAUGGUAUGCUUGUUAAGUGUGGAGAGGAGUACGUGGAUGACGUGUUUGUGGUGAGCUCGGCGAUUUCUAUGUAUGCGGAGUUGUUUGAUGUUGAGAGCGCGAGGCGGGUUUUUGAUGCUGCAAAGAGGAGGAACGUUGAGGUUUGGAAUACGAUGAUUGGUGGGUAUGUGCAGGGCGAGGAGUUUGAGGAGGCGGUAAGGCUUUUUGUGGAGGUUUUGAGGUCGGAUGAGGUUAAGCCGGAUAGUGUUACUUUUGUGAAUUCUUUGAUGGCGGUUUCUUUGAUGAUGGAUGUUGGACUGGGGCAACAGAUUCAUGGCUAUUUGAUGAAGAAGAGUUCAAAUUCAUUGCCUUUUAUUCUGUAUAAUGCGCUUAUUGUUAUGUAUUCGAGGUGUGGGUGUGUUCAGCUUGCUUUCGAUCUUUUUCAGCAGAUGCCCGAGAGAGAUAUCGUCACUUGGAACACCAUGAUAUCUUCUUUUGUUCAAAAAGAUUUGAACUUGGAAGGUCUAUUGUUGGUUUAUGAGAUGCAAAAGCAAGGAUUUUUGGUUGAUCCUGUGACGAUUACGGCCUUGCUUUCAGCUGCAUCGAAUCUGGGCAACCUUAGGAUUGGAAAAGAAACACAUGGGUAUCUCAUUAGGAAUGAUAUUGAGUGUGAAGGGAUGGAGAGCUAUCUCAUUGACAUGUACUCAAAAUCUAGUUGUGUAGAGAUAGCAAGAUUGCUGUUUGAUGUCAACAAAGCCGAGGAGCGAGAUCAGGUCACAUGGAAUGCAAUGAUUGCAGGGUACAUGCAAAACGAACAGCCUGAAGAGGCUGUAAAUCUAUUUCGAAAGAUGAUAAGCGAAGAAAACCAAAUACCCAAUACAGUGACGCUAUCGUCGAUCCUCCCUUCUUGUGAUCCAAUUGGAGGAGUCCAAAUGGGGAAAGAAAUCCAUGCUUUCUCCAUUCGUCGAUUCCUAGAUAAGAAUGUUUUUGUAGGCACAGCGCUGGUUGAUAUGUACUCAAGAUGUGGGGAGAUUCUCUCUGCUGAAAGAGUAUUUGAAGGAAUGGAAGAAAAGAAUACAGUCACUUAUACUACUAUGUUAUCUGGCUAUGGUCAGCAUGGUCUCGGUGAAAGAGCUCUGUCCAUUUUCCAAUCAAUGAAAGAAUCAGGCAUAAAGCCCGAUGCUGUCACCUUUGUUGCUUUGCUCUCAGCUUGCAGUUACUCUGGAUUGGUCGACGAGGGUCUUAUGGUGUAUGAAUCAAUGAAUGAGUAUGGCAUAGUGACUACACAAGAACACUCCUGUUGUAUUGUGGAUAUGUUGGGGAGAGCUGGGAGAGUUGAGGAUGCUUAUGAAUUUGUUCAGAAUCUCAAAGAUGACAAUAACAACAUUGGAAUUUGGGGAUCACUACUUUCUGCUUGUCGAGUUAAUCAGAAAUUUGAGUUGGCAAAAUUGGUUUCAGAUCGAUUGUUUGAGUUAGAGACGAGGAGUGAUUUGGCGGGAUAUCAUGUUCUUCUUUCAAAUGUUUAUGCUGCUGAGGGGAAAUGGGAGAAUGUUAAUUGGGUAAGAAAGGAAAUGAGAGAGAAGGGAUUGAGAAAGGAACCUGGUUUAAGUUGGAUUGAUGUUGGUGAUGCAUCCCAUAAGUUUAUGGCCAGAGAUCAGAAGCAUCCGGAAAAUGAUCAGAUAUAUGCAAUGCUAGAGGAGUUGUGUGCAGAGAUGAGGUUAUCUGAUUCCAAGCAUGCUGAUACUUCUCUUAUUCAGGGUGUAUCUCAGGUUGAAUAGUGAAUGACUUUCAGAAAACUUCAUAAGAAAUUAUGAAAGAUUUUGAGCUGGCUAGUUCUUUAUGGUGACUGAUUUUAAUUGAAGUUCAAAAGGAAUUGAGAACUGGAUCUUGAUCAAGAUGUGACAAAUCAAUGUUUUAAUAUGGAGGCUUGAGCAUGAACAAAAUUACUGCUCUGGACCUGAAAGAAAUUAUAACUGGAGUUCAAAAGAGGAUUUGGGAGGUGAACGAUAAAAGUUCUGAUUGGGCUAAUUUAAGGAGAUCCUCUUGAGACUCUCAAGGUUUGAUUAAGGAAAGGGGAGCAAUAAACUGAUUUAUGUGUAGAGAAGGUGCAAGUUUGUGAUUGUGCUGGUAUAGUUCUUGCUGAUUCGCUUUGGUAGAAUCUGAAUCUCAUUCUAUUAUUUGUCUAUAGUUGCAAGAUGUACUAUUUGGGAUCUUGGUUAGGGUUAAUUGCGCAUAGACCCUUCUAGUGUUGCAUUUGGAGCAUAUUCCCUCGUACUUUGAUUUUGGCAGAUAGACCCCUGGAUGAAAUCUCAAAUUCUUUUUCCCUCGAAUAGACUCAAUAAUUUCUCCCAGGGGAUAUCUUGACAUCUUGUUGAUGGCCGAUCCGGAUUAUGUCAGUUGAUGGAAAUACAAGACCAUACCAGUUCAAAUGAACUUAUUAAAAGAUUACACAUCUGAGUUCCUCUGUGGUGUGAUUACUUGUAACUUUCUUCAAGAUUUUCGUCUGAAGGAAGAACGAAAAAUUCGUCAUCAGAAGGAAGAACAUAUUCCCCGAUCUCAUCAUCUGAUGCCUAGCUAUAUAUACUCAUCGUGACGCGAGAAGUAACUGGCAGGAGUUAAGAAAGUAUUGCCAUCCAAGCUAUAGUCAACGAGAAAUAAUUAAUAUUCGAUCAAUGAGAAAGUAUUGUCGUUCAUGGAAGCGAUCGAUUGGACGCUUCUCUUCUUUUGUUUUAUUUUCUCUUGUGUUGUUUUCAUUCCGAAACAAAUACGAAAUUUUCCAUCUUUGUUACUUCA